CAGUACUGCUGUGUUUAAAAGCAAGCAAACAGAAGCAACCAUAAGUGUGGGUAAAGAGGCUCUUAAAAUCGUCUGCGGUAGGGAAUAGAGGUGGCAAACAUCGGCGUUGGCUCGCCACACAUCGAUUGCCGAUGCCUCGGAAACAUCGAUAGCAGCGAUGACACCGAUGUUUCUCCGCAGCGACGCACCACGGCCACACUGGCCUCGGCGGAACGGCCACUCUGCUCAAAGUGAAACGGCCAAACGACGAAGACGUAUCGUGUGUGCUCAGACUUGUGCUCUCAGAAUUUUGGUCAUCUACAUUCACCUCUGUCUAGAGUAAAGGACCAAAGAACACAAAUCACAAGCAAUCAACUGAGAAAUUUAAUAACAAAAACCCAAAAGUGCGCUGAAAUUGUUCAUUGAAAGUUUCCAAAUCUGAGUCUAAAACAAAAACCAGCAAAGAGAGAGAGAGAGAGAGAGCGGCGAAAAGUUAACAGCGAAUUCAGCGGCAGAAGCAGAGCAGCGGAGCGCAAGUGCAAGCGAGACGGCAGCCGAGCUCCGCUGCAAGGCAACGGGAAAGAAAGGGACAGCGCGCAGCAACAGAGAGAGGGCCGAGCAAAGGAGACGGGCAGAGAGAGAGUGCGAGAGAGAGCAGCAGCAACAGCGGCGGCGGCCACAGCACCACAAGCCACAAAAGAGAGCGGGAGCGAGGGGGCGAGAACUAGACGACGCGACGACGACGACGACCUACUACAAAAAAGGGGCUCUCCGCUCGAGCUAAGCAGCGUCUCCGGAAGGGAAGCCAAGGAAUAACAACCCAUAACCAAUAACCAUUCAAAUAAUUAAGGACUUUUAAGAGACUGCUACAAAGGAACAACAAAAACUACAAGCUAAUUUAAACAGGAGAAAAGAACGGAAGACUAGAAAUAAUCGUAAUACAGAGUAGUUUACUAUUAGGGAACCGACAGCAACAACUACAAUAACACUGCGAACACAAAUUCUAAUUCAAAAUUACACAGAAAGAAGUAUUUUUUGGCCUUAAGAGCAAACCACAUACACACACACACACACACACACACACACACACACACACACACACACACACACACACACACACACACACACACACACACACACACACACACACACACACACACACACAGACACACACACAGACACACGAAACAAAGAAAGGAAUUUGUAGAACACCAAGCAAGAAUCACUUUUAGCCUUAUAUACAACCUAAAAACAAUUUAGUCUUAAGCCUAGACGCUAGAAAGCGAAGUCGAAGCAAGAGUCCUAUGAGAAAAGAACAUUGCAAGUAAUAUUGAAAUCAUGGGGAGCGUCGAGGCAGAGCACAGGACUCUAGUCUUGAACGAAAGAACCGGGGAAUUUCAACCUGCAGAGGAGAUCGGGCAAGGGGAUUCUGAAUCGCCAUCUCCGCCCAUCGCAGAAUCCGCCUCUCAAGACUCGGAUACGGAGAACCAAUCGCCGAAUCAAACCCCGACCAGUGAGGGGGCGAGUAACACCAAUAAAUCCGGAUACAAGAAGGCAUCGUUCCAGGGCUCGACAGAUUCCGAAAGUACCGUAGGUGGGGAAGAGACACCCGGACGCAGGGAAGCGUCGCGCGAACCGCACCGCGAACCGUCGUACGAUCGCAGCGCAUCCACAUCGAACGGUGUGCAGGAAAGGGGUUCCAAGCGACGACGGUACGGCGAAGGGCAGCAACAGCGACGAGCUUCAACCUUUCCCACUUUGUCCACAUCGGAAGGCGAGGAGCAGGUCCCCAGUCACAGGGAUCGUUACGGAUCCAGCUCGAACGGCGAACAAGAAAGGGGUUCUUUGGACAGCGAAGAUCAGUCAGUCAAGGAAGCACGCUGCAAGAAGCAGCAUCAGCAACACAUACAAAGCGAGGUGGGAGCACAAACUAUUCCAGAAGAAUCGAACGUUAAUAAAAUAAGUAAACCUGUCCUUAGGAUUAAGGAAUCUGACGGGCUGUUGGAUAAGGCACGUCGCUUCGAGAUCGGUACAGAGCAGCAGCAGGAACAGGAGCAACAGCCACAUCGGGAAAAGCAGCAACAGCAGGAACAGGAGCAACAGCAACACGAGCAACAGCAACACGAGCAACAGCAACAGCAGCAAUUGCAGCAGCAACAACCGCAGCCACCGCAUAACGAGCAACACCAUCAGCAGCAUCAGCAACUGCGACAUCUGCAGCAGCAGCAACAACUGCAACAACAGCAGCAACUGCAGCAGCAGCAGCAACUGGUGCAACAGCAACAAGUGCAGCAGCUCCAGCAGCAGCAACAACUGCAUCAGCAGCAGCAACUGGAGCUCCUGCAGCAACAGCAGCGACUCCAGCUACAACAGCAGCUGAAGCAACAGAAGCAACUGCAGCUUGUGCUGGAAAAAGUGCGCCAGCAGAGGGAGAUACACCGUAUGCAACAGGUCCAGGUAGAUCUGGAGCGUCAAAUUCGCCAGGAAGAGGAGCAGCGGCGCCUGGAAACCGAACGGAACUUGGUGAAGCGCAAGGAGGACAACGAACGCCAGCUGCGCCUGCAGCGCGAGGAAAUUCAGAACCGGUUAAGGCAGGCGGUGGAACUUGGGCAGCGCGACCUGUGCAAGGAUCGGCGUAGCAAGCCACUGCCGCAACAGCGCAAGCCCGUGCUCAUGCAAAACGAAAUGGUCAGCAUCCCGGUGGCCAACUUAAACGGCGGCCUUAAGGCGGCCAGCAGCGGUUCCGGAGUGGGAGUGGUGGCAUCCGGCGGCGUCGUCUCCUCGGCGGUGCUGGCCAAUGCCCCUCGUGUCUACCUGACGCCCUCCUCUACGUUCAUGGCCAAUCGCCAGGUUUCGGCCGGCGUGGCGGCCACUGGCAAGAUCACCGGCUCUGUGGUCGGCGCCUCAGCCGGCAACGCGUCAGCCGCCGGCACUGUUCGCUACUUUUCGCAAUUCAGCAAAGUGCAAACGGCCGGCGGACCCAGUCUGCAGAGGAAACUGGCCAACGGGGAUACCAUUGUGCUGGCAAACGGCAACAAGAGUCUGUUCCUCACCAACAGCAGCAGCACCAGCACCAGCACCAUCAACAGCGACAAGGCUGCGCUGACGAGCGUCGCCACCAACGGCAAUAGCUUACACACGGCCAAAACGGAGCUCCUGGAGGAGGAGGGCAUGCAGCCGGGAACUGUGAUCGAGGAGGUGGACGAUGACGAAGAUGAUGGGGAGGAGAGCAGUCACACUGCCAAAUCCAGUGGUGGGGAUCAGCAGCCGCAGGAUCAGCCCGUGGCGCUGACCUCCGCCUCCAACGAGGGCGACGCCUCCGACGACGAGCCCGAGCUGGAUAUUGUGAUCAACAACGUGGUCUGCUCGUUCAGCGUGGGCUGCCACCUGAAGCUCCGGGAGAUCGCGCUGCUGGGCUCGAAUGUCGAGUACCGCCGCGAGAACGGCAUGGUGACCAUGAAGCUGCGCCAUCCGUACACCACUGCCUCGAUUUGGUCGUCGGGAAGGAUCACCUGCACUGGUGCCACCUCGGAGGCUAUGGCCAUGGUUGCAGCUCGUCGCUAUGCUAGGUGCCUGGGCAAGCUGGGAUUCCCCACUCGCUUCCUGAAUUUCCGCAUCGUCAAUGUGCUGGGCACCUGCAGCAUGCCGUGGGCCAUCAAGAUUGUGAACUUUUCGGAGCGUCACCGCGAGAACGCCAGCUACGAGCCGGAGUUGCAUCCCGGUGUGACCUACAAGAUGCGCGAUCCCGACCCAAAGGCCACCCUCAAGAUCUUCUCCACCGGCAGCGUAACCGUCACGGCGGCCAGCGUUAGCAAUGUGGAAUCAGCCAUCCAGCAUAUUUAUCCCCUCGUCUUUGAGUUCCGUAAGCAGCGUUCGCCGGAGGAGCUGCAGCACCUGCGCCAAAAGCAACGCCUGCAGGGCGGCGGCGAUCCGGCCGAGUUGGAGAAGCAGGUCGUCUCCGAGAACAAGGCGGCUGGUGUGGAUAACAUCUUUGUUAACACAACGGCGGCGCACACGAAGCCAUCGCCGAAUGAGCAAACGCCGGCCACCUCGGGCAUUCUGACCAGCCACAUCGAUAGUGUGCAGCGCCUGAAGCAGAUCGAGAACUACCAGCAGAUGAUGACGAUGACGCAGGAGGGGCGCCGUCACAUACCCUUCCAGGGGGAGAAGGUCGGCUCGGCCUCCACCUCGGCGGCGGCAGCAUCUGCCUCCUCGUCCUCCGCCUCGUCGGGGGAUAAUAUAUGUGCCAAUGCCCGUCGCCGGGCCACCGAAUGCUGGGCCACCAAGCUCCAGAACAAGCGCCCGCGUUACAAUGAUCCCGGCACCACGGGCCCCCUGAAUGCCGCGGCCUCCUCCCCAGCUUUAAGCUCGUACAAUGCUGCCUCCUCAUCAUCAUCGUCGUCGACAACAUCAUUGGCCUCUCAGGCGCCACACCUGCGUAAUAAUCCCCUCAAGACGGCCGCCCUGGCCAAUGCCCGUAUGCGUGGCGCGAAGGUGCCAACGGGCAUGGUGCUCAAGCCGGGCACGCGGAUGGCGCCCAUCGGCGGUGGCUACCUGCAGCAGCAACAGCAACAGCAGCAGCAGAAGAUGCGCCAGGUCAACAACUACUCGCCCAGCGAGUUCGAUGUGGACGACCUGAUCGAGGAGGAGGAGAGCAACGAGCUGGACAUGCCGUAUUGAGCGAGCGCCUAAGAGCUGAAUCGAUGGAAAACCAAACCACACGCCACACAAAACAGAACGAAACAAAAGAGAACACUGAGCUUUUCCCCGAAUUUGUUGGCUCCUUGUUUAAGCCACUCCUCAUCACACUUUUGUUUUUGUGCUCGCCGCAUUUAAAACGAACUCGAGGGAAACCGGAACCGGGACCCGGGACCCAGGAGCGAAAACAAAAAAAUAAGCAAAAAAGAAAAGGAAACGCAAUCAAAACACUUAUAUCCAAAGCGAAACAAAAGAUUCCCAUCAAGCAACACCAACAAAACAGCAGCAGCAACAACAAAAUUGAGAGCCAAAUAUUUAACUUAUAAGAUUUACGUUUAAACGACUUUGUAACUUAAGCGAGCACACCAGAAACAAACUAGCAGCGAUAGUAUGUAGAUGAUUAUUGCGAGCCCGAAGGAUCCCAGCAACCUCAAGAACAUCAAGCCGGUAAACCGCGAGCGCUUACCACCACAACGUAAACCUAAGUGUAGCCUUAGAGCCGACAGCAAGAUGGGCGUUAUGAAUACGUAUGCCAGCGUUUUACGUAUGCAACCAAACUCUGGGCCUGCCUGGAGCUACAAUGCGAGCACCGUUUUUUUUUUGUUUGGAUUAAUUAGAUAAUUUACGUGAGCAAGACCACCGCCUAAGCAAAUACUGUAAACCCAAGUGGGAUCGCCCGAGAAGUGGGGUCCCACACCAACGACUUAUCAAGCUGGCAGGCAGACGAGACGGGCGAACGGCUCGGAUCGCAGGCUUGCCUUCCUUUUCUUUUUUCGUUGUUUGAACUCAGCGUCAGACCAAGUUCUUCCCAAGCAAACCAAAAUUCUCAAGAAACAAAGGAGGAGGAGAGACCAGAGCAAGAUCUAGGAUAAUUACACUAAUCGAUUAAUGUAUUUCACACGACUUUUUUUUUGUUUUCGCCCUAAGUUCUAGAUGCUAUAAGCGCUGCUUCGUGUGGAGCAACACAAACGAAACAAAGCAAAACAAAAACUAUUUGAAUAUGAUUAUAAUUAUAUUAUAAUACACACCACAACCACACACACACACACAAACACCUAUAUCUGGUCACUUCUAACCAAUUAUAACAAAACUGAAAAUACAGCAAGUAAUUAUGUUUUAAUUUAUGCUAGUAGUCUGCGAGUUGCGCAGAAACUCGUUGAAUUAAGAGUAAAAACUCGAGGAAGAUGACAAGCUAGGCUAAGGCGGUUUGUGCGCGACUUCGGAUCUAUUAUCAGACGUAUACCUAACGCAUAUAUUCGUAUAUAGUAAUGUUUUUUUGUAUUUCACACUAGUUUUACGGAAAUUCUAGCAAGCAACUAAGCGUAGAUUUACAAACUUGUUCCUGUGUUGUUAAAUCAGAAAGUAAAACAUAAACUUAUUUUAGUUGAAACCUAACGAAGCAUACGCAUACACAAACACUCACACACACACACCUUACACGAGCAUACGUAUACAUAUACAUAAUGUUAAGGCCUCCAAACAAAGCAACAAACAAACAACAAACAAACAAACAACAAACAAAGCGAACGAAUCAUAAGCAAUAAUGGAAUGUUUUCGUUGUAGAAGAGGUAAAAAUUAGACAAACUAAUACUCACGUUGAACAUAAAAUAAACUCUAGAUGUUUUGGCGUGCCUUCACCCGUGACUAGGAGCAGGAAGAGGAGAACGAGAUACGAUAGCCAAUUGUACAAUCAUUGAAAUAGUACUUCCAGACCCAGACCAGGACUCCCACACCCUGUACAUAGACCCAAAUUGAUGUUUUCCAAUCGAACGUGAACUAUUGCCUCAUUCUAACGUUUCCUUUGUGCUUGACAUACCCACAACUCUCAUAUCGUUCAACCUAUGCAUAAUCAAAAUAGCUAACGAAAAGCGGGGGCUUUACUAAUUUACACACUUCUUCUACCAACCUAUGUACUUUGAUUUGCAUAAACAAAAUCGAGAAAUGAAAAUGCCUUUAGGGAACAAAUAACUAGCGCGGAAGGGAAAGAGAUGGGUAGGCUUAGGCGUAGAUACAGAUACGGAUACAGAUACGGAUACAGAUACAGAUACAGAUAUAGGUAAAGAUAUAGGUGUAGGUAUGGGGAUAUUGAACAGAUCGGAGCCGAAAUGUAUUUUUUUGUGUAUGCGAAUGUGGAUAGGUCGAGGCAGACCCGAACGUGUUACAAUUGCAAAAUGAACUAGCCCUAAGCGCCUAGCCCUAAGUUAGCUGAGAAACGGAAUACUAAAUUGUAAGCCAAAAUGCAAAUAGCAAUCUAAACAUCUAAUAUCUUAGCGAGCGAACCUAAUUGUAAUCUAAAUGUACAUAAACUAGUUGUUAACGAGUCGCAGAUACAAGCGAAAGCAAGAAACCAACAUUAGAGUAAUACCUUCGCGUCUAACUGCCUUCGAAGAAAGAAAACCAAGCGAAGCGAGAGAAAAUCCUUUGAAUGCGAUCUAUUUCUAUUAAAAAGACGACUGUAAAUUGCUUCAAUUGAACCUUGAACUUUCACCACAUUUUUGUUAGAGCAACAACAACCAACAACAACAACCAACAACAACAACAACCAACAACAACAACAACAACAACAGACAUACGGAUCGAAAGGCCUAAACAAGUGUAUUUGGUUUCAAGAACUUUGAAAAAGCAAAACUAAAUAUUAACAUAGUAUACAGAUAUAUUUUUGAUUAUUAUGUAUUUAACGAGAACAAUGAAACGAUAAUGAUGCAAGAAUCGAUGAUAACUAAGAGAAAACAAAUUGAGAAAUCAAGUAGCAUAAUUUUGUUUUUGUUUUGCCGUAAAGACUGCAUUAUACCAACAAUUAAUUAUAUACAACAUAAUAAAUAUAAUAAAUAACUGAUAAAUGGC